AUGUCGGGCGAACUACCCACUGCGCGGAUACGACCCUACUAUGGCGCGGACUCGAACGAGCGCAAGACCAUGAUGCGCCUCAUCGCGAAGCAUGAGAUGGAGGCGCUCGCGACAGCGAAUCGUAGAGCCUACUGUAACCCUGCGCUCGUGUUGCUCUGGCUUGCCGCAUCCUCCGCCUUCGUGGAGUUCAUGCACUGGUGGCCAAGUCAGCAACCUGCAGGACUCGGUGGGCUCUGGCCUUGGUUCAGCCCGGUCCGCGGCUAUGCGCCAUUCCUUGUCGUGUUCCUAGUCGCUGUGGAUUGGUUCAAUCGUCCCUAUUUCGAGGAGCGAAUGCAGGCGUCGCUACGCUCAGAGGACAGACGCGAUGGCUCCUCCUUCUGGCUGCUCGAAUACGACGGCGAGAUCAUUGGACUGGCGGCAAUCAAGACUCGGGAGGCCAAGGCAACCCAAGCGACUUCUGUCGUCGCUGACCUGACGCACUUUACCGUCAUCGAACCGUAUCGUCCCGCGAACAUCCAGCGCGACCUACUUCAGCAUACAAUCCGAAAGGCUUUUGAGGCCAACGACAAACUCGCUCUGAUCCACGCCGAGGACGACGCGCUGCAUCCAUAUAUUCAGCAGGCUCUACACGACGAAGGUUUUCGCGUCAUUGACGGCGAAGUCACACGGACCAUGGGCAUCAUGCGAUGGAAAAUACGCGACAGCACUUUGAUAAGGAGCGAAUGGGAGCGAAGGCAGGCAGACACUACCAAGGGAUCAGCAGGUUGA